AUGGCGGCGGCGGCGGCGGCGACGGCGGCGGCCCUGUCGGCCCUGGGGGUGCGGCUGUCGCGCUCGGCGGCGGCCCGCGGCUCGUACGGCGCCUUCUGCAAGGGGCUCACGCGCACGCUGAUCACCUUCUUCGACCUGGCCUGGCGGCUGCGCAUGAACUUCCCCUACUUCUACGUGGUGGCCUCGGUGAUCCUCAACGUCCGCCUGCAGGUACAUAUUUAGAGCAAGUAACUUUGUGGCGUUCGGGGGUCCCCGAAGGAUGGCUGGCUUCCACCCCGCGGCUCCCCCGCUCUAGAGCACAGCGGCCAGUAGGCUCGCGCGCGCAGACUCGCCCGGCUGCCUUUCCACGGCCUUCUCUUUCCAUGUACAUGGGCGGCUAGAAAACCUCAUUUGCGGAAAGCCUCCUGUAUAACCAAAAAAGCCGAAGAUAGAGUGAAAGGGUGAUUCUCUAGGAAAUAGUUCAAGGAACAGGAAAGAACUUUAAACUCCGAAGAUCCUCAGAAAUACCUGAGACGUUCUUGCAGCCGUGAAACACACAACAGCCCGAACGGGAGGAAGCGACGGUGGUCUCAGGAUGCCCGAAGGGGGAAAACCAGAGGAGAGGUUACUAACGACCCAGACGUAAACUAACUGCACAACGACGGUCCAGUUGGGCAAGGAAAUCUUCCAAGUUAGAGUAAGAUGCGAACAGACUUCCAACAGAAUAUGGACUGAAUUCCAAGCCAUUAGCUGGAUUGCGUUGGAAGCUGGGGGAAAUUAACGACAGGAUCUGGAAGGCAUACACGGCCUCAUCCCCAAAGCCAAGUCAGUGGCGAACAGAAACACUACGGCGCAAAACAAACAUUUCAAACUGGACAAGGAAAGCAGGCUUCGAACAGGAAGCUGCCUCAGACCGGGCCGGGUUUGAACAGCUGCCAGGAGUGGGAGAAAGGGAACCAGCUCGAACACCGAUCGGCACGUGCAGCGCUCGGAGAGGAGACCGACCAGUCAUCCCGUGCAGCUCGGCUCUUCAGCGAACCUUAUUUCAAUAAUCAUUCCGAUGGAAAAAGAAGUUACGGUUUUCCGUUCUUAGACCAAAUCUGUCAGCUAAGCAGGGAAGACUUCAUUCGUGACGGGGCUAGAACCGGAUGGGAAGGUUAGCCGCUUGGACAGUGCGCAGUCCGGGCAACAAGUGGACAGGCAGAGAGGAGGAAAUGGAGCGGUGGCGUUAUUCUCGGGAAGCAGAAAGUCCAGAUUCUGGCUCUAGUUGAAAGAAUAAGGCAAGUUUAGGGAUCGUAUUAUUAAAGCGAACAAGGUAGCCACCGGGGGAUUUAAAAAUAGUGAUUCAGCCAUAGUGAGGGGGGAGGGGGGUGCUGGGACAGCGGGAAGUCAAAAUUCCUUAUGUUAUCAAGUCAAAAAAGUAGUAAUAAAAGCAUAUUCUUACGGAAGAAAGGAGCUAACCACUAGACAGACAGGUGUAAACGUUUUUGCCUCUGGCUUAGUUCCCUAAGUUGAGCAGGAUGGGCAGGGAUUUACUACUUUUCAUUAUAUGCCUUUUUUUUCACUAUUGGAUUUUUUUUAAAACUAUGUAUGUAUUGCUUUCAUUAAAAAGUAAAACUUAGUAAAAACUGAAUUGACUGCAAUUAGAAGGACAUUUGGGGGAGGGGGAGCUGGGGAUGGGCACAGAAGGCCAGGGAGAUUGCACCUUCCUUUCUGCGUACCCUAAAAUGUUCCUGAAUGAUCCCACCAUAUAGGAUUUCCUUGCUUUCCAUGCAAACUUUAGACCCCAAGGAAAAGCUUUAAAAAUAAAAAUGGCCAGUCAUCUUCAGGUAGCCCAGAGCUUCCUCACUCUCUGAAACUGCAUGAGCAAAUUCCUGCGGCGAUGUAGUUAAGAUUAAAAAAAAAAAAAAAAAGAUUUAUUUUAUAAAAUACUUGCAAUUUUUCAAAACUGUUUUCCAGGUUUAUCGAGGCAUAAGCGACAUGUAACCUCGUGUAAAUGUAAGCUGCCCAGUGUGUUGGGUUUGAUACACUUCUACACUACAAUGUGAUUGCCCCCAGCCUAAGCUGACCUCUUGGUCACGUCACAUAAUUACUGUUUUUUUGUGGUGAAAACAUUCAAGAUUCCUCUCUUAGCAACUUUCAAGUGUAUGAUAGAAUAUUAACUAUGAUCACAGUGCUGUGUCUUAAAUCCCUAAAGUUUAUUUGUCUUCUAACUGGGAGUUUGUACUCUUGGACCAACAUCUCCUCACUGCCCCCAGCCCCGUGGUAACGACCAUCCUACUGUUUCUGUGGGUUUGGCUUUUUUCCAUUCCACGUAUAAGUGAGAUCAGACAGAACAUUGAUGGACACUUCGACGAGUGCCUCAAGAUGUUUAGACGAGGUGCUUACAUUUUACUAUCGGUCGUAAUAGCAAGCCGGUGGAAUAAAUUAAAUGUCCCACAUUAGUGUAGGGGCGCAGGGCACGCCGCCCCAAGAUGGCUGCUUUGGUAUGACUGCUACUUUGAGCCAAAAGCAGUCAGAACCCAGCAGAUGCCAGGAAAGCUCUUUACCUCCCCCUCAACUGCCUGUCUGUACCAGGAAGAAAGCUUGAAACAGAUCCCCCCCCCUUUUUUUUUUAAAGAUUUUAUUAAUUU